AUGGCCUUCUUUGGAAUAGCGCCCUGCGGCGGCCAUGUCCACCAGUGUGCUCAUUUAUUAAGGGCUGGUGUGAGCGUUGGCACCAACCGCAGUUUACAUGUGACCAGUAGAUUUGCUGCCAAGGAGUAUUACGAUGUGGUGGUUGUCGGAGGCGGUGCUGGAGGAAUUAGCAUGAGCGCCCGGAUGAAGAGGAAAGUUGGAGCCGGGAAAGUUGCCAUCAUAGAGCCAAGUGAGACACAUUACUAUCAGCCCAUGUGGACUCUGGUUGGUGGAGGUGCCAAGAAGCUGGCAAGUUCUGCUCGUCCUACAGCUAGUGUGAUCCCUUCAGGAGUCAAAUGGAUCAAAUCAGAAGUAAAAAGCUUUGAUCCAGACAAAAACUCCAUCCGGAUAGGUGAUGACAAAGAGAUAGGUUACCAAUAUUUAAUCAUCGCUCUGGGCAUCAAACUCCAAUUUGAAAAGGUUAAAGGACUGCCUGAAGCAUUUAACUACCCCAAAAUCGGCUCCAACUACUCUGUAAAAACAGUGGAGAAGACCUGGAAGGCUCUGCAGGACUUUAAAAAGGGAAAUGCUAUUUUCACCUUCCCCAACACUCCAGUGAAAUGUGCGGGCGCUCCACAGAAAAUCAUGUAUUUGUCGGAUGCAUAUCUUAGGAAAAAUGGAAGACGAUCUGAUGCUAACUUCUUCUUCAACACAUCUUUGGGAGUCAUUUUUGGGGUAAAGAAGUAUGCAGAUGCCCUGCUGGAGAUCACCAAGGAGCGGGACAUCACUGUGAAUUAUAAACAUAAUCUCAUUGAGGUCCGACCUGAAAAGCAAGAAGCCGUAUUUGAGAACCUUGAUAAACCAGGAGAAACCAAAGUUUUCCAGUAUGAAAUGCUUCAUGUGACCCCUCCGAUGGGACCACAAGAUGUACUAGUCAACAGCCCCGUAUCAGAUGCAGGUGGCUGGGUGGAUGUGGACAAGGAGACCCUCCAACAUAAGAAGUACCCCAAUGUUUUUGGCAUAGGGGACUGCACUAAUCUUCCAACUUCAAAAACAGCAGCUGCUAUAGCUGCCCAGACAGCGGUGCUGGCCAGAACGAUUUCCUUGGUUAUGAAAAAUCAAAAGUCCUCUGCCAAAUAUGAUGGGUACACUUCAUGUCCCCUGGUGACAGGCUACAACAAAGUGAUCCUGGCAGAGUUUGACUACAACCAGCAACCACUAGAGACCUUCCCCAUCGACCAGGGCAAAGAGAGAUGGUCCAUGUACCGUAUGAAAGCAGACAUGAUGCCAUUCCUGUACUGGAAUUUACUUCUUACGGGAUACUGGGGAGGUCCAGCCCCCUUCAGGAAGAUAAUGCAUCUUGGGAUGAAAUAA